GUCACCUUCUGCUCCCGGGCAGUGAAGGAGAUCUGGGUCAGCGCCCUCCUUGGACCACCAGAAGGAGUUCAGGGAGCCCGGGUGACCCAGCUGCCGUCCAUAAGGCUGGUCUUGAAGGAGCUGAGUGGCCGCCAUGCUGGGAAGACACUGGAUGCCGGCAGCCUGGAGAAGCUGCUCCAGCACCAGGCCCAGGCUGGUGCCAGGCAGCUGCCGGUCCCUCGCCCUUCCGGCAGUGAAGGCAGACAUGGCCAUGUGGAUGGCGGGACGAGCAGGAGCAGGAGGAGGCUGCCCUGGCCAUUUGCACGGCUAGGCACCCGGGCUGCGGCAGAGGCACCGGGGCCAUCGGGCUCUGCUGUCGCAGGAGCUCUCUUUGGCCGGCCCCUGGCAGAUCUGUGCAGCCAGGACAGCAUGCUGCCUCAGCCCAUCCAGGACCUUCUGGCUCUGCUCAAGGAGCAUGGCCCAUCCACGGAGGGGAUCUUCCGGCUGGCAGUCAGCCAGCGCGCCUGCCGUGAGGUCAGGGACGCCCUGGACAGCGGGGUGCCGGUGCAGCUGGCAAACCAGCCCGUGCUGCUGCUGGCUGUCCUCUUGAAGGACCUCCUCCGGAAUAUCCCCUCCAAGCCCCUCGACACCCAGCUGUUCGAGGAAUGGAUGCACGCCAUGGAGAAGACCUGCAGGCAGGAGAGGCUGGCAGCCCUGAAAGAGGUGGCCAGCAAGUUACCAGGGGCCAACCUGCUCCUGCUCCGGCACUUGCUGUCGCUGCUUAGCAGCAUCAGCAAGAACGUGGCCACAACCAAGAUGACGGCUGGAAACCUGGCCAUCUGCCUGGCACCAAACCUCCUGAGCCCACCCCAGGAGGUGCCCCUGGAUGUCCUGGCUCUGGAGACAGGGAAGGUGACAAAGCUUGUUGAGUUCCUCAUCAACCACCAUGAGGAACUCCUUGGAGAGCAGGUGGCCGGGUUGGCCAGCAAGGGGGUUGAGGAGACACCAGCACCUCAAGCAGAGCUGGAAACAGCAGAGGUGCCUCCCAUCGCUCCCAAGUGCGAACAGCAGAGGAGCUUAUCCGGGCAGAAAAGGUUCCCUGGCUCUUCGUGGAACACCAGGAAGCGAAGAGCAACCUGGGAAGAGGGCAACGACGGGCCACCGUGCCGAAAGAAGAGCAAAACUGAGCUCUCAGGGAUGGCCAACUGAAGAAAUUCAAGCAGGGGAAGAACGAGGCAGCCAGGUAUGUAGCAGAGCCUGUGUUCCAUCUAUUUGCCAAGCUCUGAGUAUAGGAAACAUUGCUGAGGUGCACAGGAUGGUCCUGCCUCAGGGGAACAUGUGUGUCAGGAGAAACAUGCUACCCCAGCAUUACCUGCCAACCUGUGGUUUUAGUAUGGCAGAGUGAGGGAUGCUGCUGCCUGGAUUUUGGAAAGGACCAUAUCCCAGCUUCCCAGGCUCCCUGCCGAGCCCUGCUGCCUGGCAAGGGGGCACUAUGCAUCUCUGUCAACUUGCCGUGCUCUGAGGGUAUCACAUGUGUUGAGAAGGGACCAAAGCAGCACUGUAGUUGCCAGUAAAGAACCAGUAAGGAGCCUCUCUCCUGUGCUAGCAAUGACCCUUUUUACAGCACACUUCCAAACAACCCAGGAGCCCAGUCCCUCCUGCUCCUGCCCUCACGGCUUCAUCAGCACUUUCUGACUCUGCCCUUGUAGGUGCCCAUUUACUGCUUCGAUUCCCCACAUGAGCUCUGCUGCCUGGGCUUGGAGUUCCACCCUGCGGCCCCAGCACCACCUCGGCAGCGGCGAGGACAGAGCCACCAUGUCCUUCUGCUCUGGAUAGAAGGUUCCACCACCUCGCCCCGGAGCCAGAGCAGCGCCCUCAGACCCAUCCCAGCCCUCGCAGGAGGCCUUGCUGGCUCGCUCCUCAGCCCCGCCAGCAAAUGACAAACCGCUGGUGCAUCUCCCCAAGCGGGGAGCUGGCCUCUGGACUUCCCCUUACCAUGUUCA